UAUAAUUAACUUUAUAAUAAACGAAUAAAAACAUUCUAAACAUUGACGGCGUGGAUCUCAUGAGUGAUUAAAAAAAAUAAAGAGUCUACAGAUCACUUUUAAUCUCUUCCAAACUUUUGGAAGGGGAUAAUGUUUGUGGUAGGCUGGUGCGCAACUCACCCACUGCUCCGCGCAGCUCACCCAGGUAGUUUUCCGUUGUAACAGCGGCAGGCAAAAGUAACACAGCCUCCAUGGAUUAUAAAUAAAUAAAUAAAUAAAAAUUGAAAAACAGCAUUCCCUCCCCGUCGCCGAACCGCCGCGGCGGGACGGAGCAGCGCCGUCCCCGGCGCAAGUUAUCGCACAGCCCAUCUGACCCCUCUCUCGCUAACCCCCACGUGGCGCACGCUCUUAACCUCAACACCCCUUCCCUCUUCCGCCGCUUCACUCCCACCGCCAAUAUUUCCCCCCGAAAACGAAUCAAAUUGGGAAUAUGUCUCUUCCCCAAAUGGAUAAUCUUAUCCCGACCGCGAAUAAUCUGAUUCCCGUUCUUCUACCCAAAUCGGAAUUAGAGGUUUAGACAUAUGUUCCCGGCAACGGGUAAUUUGCCAACUUGUAACAGCACACUAACAGCGACGACCGCCCCUCUCCCAGCAUCCAAUUGGCGCUUUCUGCUAUUCCCGAGAUGGCUAUUUAAAUCCAGGAUGCGCAUUCCUAAGAAAUCCAUUUCUUUCUUCUAUUUUUCCCUCGCUUCUCCGUUCCUCUCCAGAAUCAAGCCUACCUCCGGGGCUUCGUUGUGCUCUAGAGCGCUCAGUCAAUCUGUUCAUCAGCGGAGGAGAAUUCACGCCGACGCAGGAGUUAAUCUGUUGCAUGCUAGUUAUACAAUGGAUGCAAGCGGUGUGGAUGACCGGUUAGCAGAGAGUGGUGAUUGUCAAGAUCCAUGUAUUUGGUCAUCUUGCAAAGAGGGCUGUAAAAUUGAUAUUGGGAAACAGAUCUUCUGCAACCGAUCCUUAAAUAUGAAGAAUAUUGUCGCUGUGGGCUUUGACAUGGAUUACACUUUAGCACAGUACAAGCCUGAAACAUUUGAAUCUCUGGCGUACGGUGGCACUAUUAGAAAGCUGGUGUAUGAUUUGGGAUACCCUCAAGAGUUGCUAGAUUGGUCAUUUGAUUGGAAGUACAUGGUCAGGGGCUUGGUGCUUGAUAAAAAGAGAGGAAAUAUUCUGAAGAUGGAUCGACACAAAUAUGUGAAAGUAGCAUACCAUGGAUUCAGAGUGAUGUCCAAAGAAGAUAAAGUUGGGACUUAUGGAAGUACUCUGAUACGGGAUUCUUUUGAUGAACCAGAUUAUGCUCUCAUUGAUACUUUAUUCUCACUGGCUGAAGCCUACUUAUUUGCCCAACUUGUUGACUUCAAGGACAACAAUCCUGGAAAAAUUCCAGAGGGUGUUGACUACUCUCGCAUGUAUAAAGAUGUACGCGCUGCAGUUGACUUGUGCCAUCGUGAUGGUACUUUGAAGCAAAUGGUUGCAAAAGAUCCUAAAAAGUAUGUUAAUGAGGAUACAGCCAUAGUACCCAUGCUCAAAAUGCUGAGAGAUUCUGGACGGUCAAUUUUUUUGGUUACAAACAGUUUAUGGGAUUAUACAAAUAUUGUGAUGAAUUUCCUAUGCGGGUAUUGUAGCUCAGAUGGUAGUCCCUUGUGCAAUUUUGAUUGGCUUCGGUACUUUGAUGUUGUCAUCACUGGCAGUGCAAAACCUAGCUUUUUCCAUGAAGAAAAUCGUGCCAAUAUUUUUGAGGUUGAACCUGAGUCUGGGAUGCUUCUUAAUACCGAUAACGGCACUCCUAUGCCUCCGGUGGGCAACACUUCACCAAGAUUACAAUUAAAGGGGCAGCAAAACACUUGCCGGGUUUUCCAGGGAGGCAGUGUAGGUCAUUUGCACAAACUGCUCUCAAUAGAGUCCAGUUCACAGGUUCUUUAUGUUGGGGAUCAUAUCUACGGGGAUAUCUUACGCAGCAAGAAAGUUCUGGGGUGGAGAACCAUGCUUGUUGUUCCUGAGCUAGAGAGGGAGGUUGAACUUCUUUGGGAAUUGAGGGGUAGUCGCAAGCGACUUCAAUUGUUGAGAAAUGAGCGUGACAUUAUUGAAGACAAAAUACAUCAUUUGAAGUGGUACCUCAAGUUUGAGAACAUUGAUGAUGAUGAGCAGCAAAAGUUAUCUUCUGAACUUGAUGGAUUGGAGGCUGAAAGGGAGGGAGUUCGCCUAAGUCAUCAACAGGCUCAACGGAAAUGUCACGAAAAGUUCCACAAGGUUUGGGGACAACUCAUGAAAACGGGCUAUCAAAAUUCGCGCUUUGCUCAUCAGGUGGAGAGAUUUGCGUGCCUGUAUACCAGCCAAGUUACCAAUUUAAGCCUGUAUUCCCCGGAAAAAUACUACAGACCCAGUGAAGACUUCAUGCCUCAUGAAUUUGAUAUCCUUGCCUUGUGAUGGAAUCCUUCUCGCACCAUGUCACCGGGGAAAAUAGGUGACAUAUCCUGCAGAAGCCUCGUUAUAUUGGAGAAGCAUUCAUUGGGUUAUCUGCCCUGGGUUCGGUUCGAGUUGGACAACAUAUCAGGAGAGAGCAUUCAAUGUUUUGUCAAUUUGGGCGUGUGGAAUGCAGAUCUCUGCCGGAGUUUAUGUCGUGUUUGUUGUUUUUAGGCUAUACUGCAUUCUGUACCAAAUUAGUACUGUAUCCUAACUGAAUAAUACAGGGUGGGGGUGGGGGUGGGGGUGCGGCGGGGGGGUUGAUAAUAGUUUGUAGAGUAGGAAGUGUGGUAGGAAUGGAUGGUUCCUUGGUGGAAGACAAUAAGAUAAUACCCUCGCAUGUUUGACAUCUCUGUAUCUUUCCUACUGCAAUGCAGUGGAGUUUAUGAUUUGUUCUUUAGUUGUCGAAAGCCGGGGGUAAAAGCAAGGCGUGUAAUCUGGAAAAAAUAUUAAAAAAAAUGAUUUGUUCUUUAGUUGUUGAAA